AUGUCCAGAGACAGGGAGAGAUUUGAAGAGAUAGGAAAGAGGAUCAAGAGGGAGAGUGCUGAUGCAUCUUCUCUAAUGGGAAGGAGACAAAUGUUAGGAACUCCUGGAAUCUUGAACACUGUUACACCUUGUGCUGCCUGUAAACUUUUAAGGAGAAGAUGUGCUGAAGAGUGCCCUUUUUCUCCAUAUUUUUCUCCACAUGAACCCCAGAAAUUUGCUGCUGUUCACAAAGUCUUUGGAGCAAGCAAUGUCUCCAAGUUGCUAAUGGAGGUGCCAGAAAGUCAAAGAGCUGAUGCAGCAAAUAGUCUAGUUUAUGAAGCAAACUUGAGGCUAAGAGAUCCAGUGUAUGGCUCCAUGGGUGCAAUUUCAGCUUUACAACAACAAAUUCAAUCGUUACAAGGUGAACUAAGUGCAAUAAAGGCUGAGAUACUCAACUACAAAUAUAGAGAAGCUGCUGCUACUAACAUCAUUUCUUCUACUCAUCCUGCUUUAGUUUCUUCUGUGACCGUAUCGAUUUCGGCACCAUCACAAACUCUUACUCCACCACCACCACAACCAUCACCUCAACCACUUCCUUCUAUUGUUGUUUCUUCAUCUUCAUCUUCCACUUCUUCUCUAUAUACUCCACCAACUAGCACAUCAGGUUAUAGCGCUAUUUGUAGUGAUAAUGUCCCAUACUUUGAUUAA